CUGCAUAUAAUAUUAGGUGUAGCGCUCUUUCUUUAGUGCAAUUGGAUUGAGGUGUUGACAUUUUUAUUUUAUUUUUUUUAUUUCUGUUUUCUGGUAAGAGCUUGAGUUUGAAUUUAUUAAAAACCAGUCAAAUACUGCAUGCUCUUUAUAUAUAAGAAGGUAAGGUAUUACGGAAAGACGGCAUAUGAAUUGAAAGAAAAAGUAUCAAGAAGAGACCAAAAGGGUUAUGGAGGACGUUAUUAGAAGAUCCAGCCAUGGAGGCCUGAUCAAGGAACAGAGGCCAGCUGAUUCUACUGCUACUGAUCAUCACGAUCAUGACAGUUCUUCAAGAGAAGAGAUUGUUAAUAAUAAGAAUGGAAGGAAGAGAGCAUACCAUGAGAAUGAAGAUCUGAAAUCAUCUUUAUCAGAACAAAAUAAAGAUUUAAGCUUGACCAAGCAGGUAGUUGUUGCAACUAAUAAUAAGGAAAGGUGCAUCAUGGAAUUCGAUUCAGGACCAUCUUCUUCAAGCCUAAAGGAGCAGGAUAGUUGGCUUGAAUCAGCAAGAGCUGAAAUGGAUGUAGUGAGAGAAGAAAAUCAAAGGCUGAAAAUGUCCCUAGGUCAAAUGAUGAAAGAUUAUCAGGCUCUUCAGAUGAAAUUCCAUGACAUUAUUCAACAAGAUCAGGAAACAAAGAGAUCUUAUAUGUCUACAGUUGAUAAUAAUAAUUACCAACAUGCAGUUGAAGAACCUGAGUUUAUUUCCCUAACCCUAGGGAGGGUUUCAAGUAAUAAUGACUCCAAAAAGGAUGGAAAGAGCAAAACUUUGAAUUAUAAAGAAGUUGAGAAAGAUAAUAAUAACAAUGAAUGUUUGUCUCUUGGAUUGGAAUGCAAGUUUGAAUUGUCCAAAUCUCAGGCAAUCAAUUUGCCAAAACCAAGCCCUGUGAAUAGCUUAGAAUCACAUAAGGAAGAAGCUGAAGAGACUUGGCCUUCUAAUAAGGUUCCCAAGACAAUGCCAAGUGGAGAAGAUGAAGUGGUGCAACAAAACCCUCUCAAGAAAGCUCGGGUUUGUGUCAGAGCUAAAUGUGAUACUCCAACGAUGAAUGAUGGAUGCCAGUGGAGGAAAUAUGGACAGAAAAUUGCAAAAGGAAAUCCAUGCCCAAGAGCAUACUAUCGUUGCACUGUUGCACCAACUUGCCCAGUGAGAAAACAGGUUCAAAGAUGUGCAGAAGAUAUGUCAAUCUUAAUCACCACCUAUGAAGGAACGCACAACCACCCACUUCCUCUUUCAGCUACAGCUAUGGCUUCCACAACUUCCGCAGCUGCUUCAAUGCUAUUAUCCGGCUCUCUAACAUCUAGUUCUCAAGCAAACACCAGUACUAUUCCUGCUGGUCUUCAUGGACUGAAUUUUUAUCUAUCCGACACCUCAAAUUCAAAACAAUUCUACAUGCACAACUCUUCUCUUUCACCAUCACCUUCACAUCCAACAAUCACUUUAGACCUAACUUCUUCAAAUGCGUCUUCAUCUUCUGUUAACAGAUCAUUUUCUUCGAGUUAUUCUCCGUUUCCAAAAUUCGCUACUCCUGGUACUCUUAACUUCAGUUCGUCUGACUCUCACCUGAUGAAUUGGGGAAAUGGAUUUCUUAGCUAUGGAACGAGUACUACUUCUCUUCAACCCUACAACAGAAAUAACCAACCAGGAUCUUUAAACAACCAUUUGCAACCCUACAUGCAAAAGAAAACCCUAAUCAGUACAACUCCUCAACAACCGCCAUUACCAGAUACUAUAGCUGCUGCAAGUAAGGCAAUCGCAACAGACCCAUCUUUCCAAUCUGCUUUGGCAGCUGCUAUCACUUCUAUAAUUGGCACUGCCAAUGGCAACGGCGGCGCCAAUCUGGGCAGUGGUGAUAACUUGGCACAGAAGUUGAAGUGGGGUGAGAACUUUCCGGUGGCUAGUGGUUAUGCAUCGUCAGGAGCCGCUAAAAGUAAUAAUGCAUGUGCGACAAGUUACUUGAACAGAACGACAUCAGGAAACUCACAACCUGGAAAUUUGAUGUUUUUGCCACCUUCACUUCCCUUCUCUUCUCCUAAGAGUGCGUCUUCAUCUCCCGGUGACAACAGAGACCACUGAAAUUAAUUAGUUAAUGUUUUUUUUUUUCGAAUUUUAUUUAGUGCUUAUAUAUAUAGGCUGUAAUAACAAUGUAAGAUCAACAAAGAUUAUUAUUUUUUGGAUAGAUGGAACAUUGCGUCCGGAAGCAAAGGGAAAUAUAUGUAGUUGAAUAAGGUUUUAAUUUUUAGGUGAGUACAUAUAUUUGUA